UUUGUCCUGAAGCUCGGUGUUCCUUCAGACGGACGACUGCAGCUCAGAUGGAGGACGACACCAAGAGCCGGGAUCACCUGGAAGAUGGACGGGGCCGCAGGCCAAGCAAGCCCGACUCUUCCAUAAACCAGCCAAUCAGAGCAGAGAGGGCGGGACUAGACAUGAUUUACACCAUUGAAGACGUCCCACCAUGGUACCUGUGCAUCCUGCUGGGACUACAGCAUUACCUGACAUGUUUCAGCGGCACUGUGGCAGUCCCGUUCCUUCUGGCUGAAGCUAUGUGUGUCGGACGAGACCAGAACACUGUGAGUCAGCUGAUCGGAACCAUUUUCACCACUGUUGGAAUCACCACACUGAUCCAGACCACCGUUGGAGUCAGGCUUCCUUUGUUUCAGGCCAGUGCUUUUGCCUUCCUGAUUCCUGCUCAGGCCAUCCUCAGCCUGGACCGCUGGGCGUGUCCCAGUGAAGAUGUGAUUUAUGGGAACUGGAGUCUUCCCCUCAACACCUCCCAUGUCUGGCACCCUCGGAUCAGAGAGAUUCAGGGAGCCAUCAUCAUGUCGAGUCUGGUGGAAGUUGUGAUUGGUUUGUCUGGAUUACCUGGUCUGCUAUUGGAGUACAUUGGUCCACUCACCAUCACACCAACCGUCUCCCUGAUUGGUCUGUCCGUGUUCACCACUGCUGGAGACAGAGCUGGGGCCCACUGGGGCCUAUCUGCUUUAUGUAUGUUACUGAUUGUGCUGUUUGCCCAGUACCUGAGGACAACAUCACUUCCUGUUCCUGUUUACAGCAGAAGAAAAGGACUGACGUCCACUAGAGUCCAGAUCUUCAAGAUGUUUCCUAUCAUCCUCGCCAUCAUGCUGGUCUGGCUCGUUUGUUACAUUCUGACUUUAACUGACCUGCUCCCUAACGACCCGGACCGCUAUGGACACAAAGGACGGACCGACGCUCGUGGGGACAUCAUGGCGUCAGCUCCCUGGUUCAGGAUGCCUUAUCCAUGUCAGUGGGGGUUGCCGGUGGUGACUGUUGCUGGCGUGUUGGGGAUGUUGAGUGCCACCAUGGCGGGGAUUGUAGAGUCCAUUGGAGAUUACUACGCCUGCGCCCGUCUGUCGGGCGCCGCGCCGCCACCAGUUCAUGCUAUCAACAGGGGGAUCUUCACUGAGGGAAUCUGCUGCGUCAUUGCAGGUCUGUUAGGGACAGGAAAUGGAUCGACCUCCUCCAGUCCCAACAUCGGAGUCCUUGGAAUCACCAAGGUGGGCAGCAGACGGGUGGUGCAGUUUGGAGCUGGGAUCAUGUUCAUCCUGGGAUCGGUUGGGAAGUUCACAGCUCUGUUUGCCUCUCUGCCGGAUCCAAUCCUCGGAGGGAUGUUCUGCACAUUGUUUGGUAUGAUCACAGCUGUUGGUCUAUCAAACCUGCAGCUGGUUGAUUUGAACUCUUCCAGAAAUCUCUUUGUUCUCGGGUUCUCAAUGUUUUUCGGCCUCACGCUGCCAGCAUACUUGGACACACAUCCGAAAGCCAUCAGGACAGGUGUUGCAGAACUGGAUCAGAUUCUGACAGUUCUUCUGUCCACUGAGAUGUUCGUCGGAGGUUUUCUGGCUUUUUGUCUCGACAACACGAUACCAGGAACGAGGGAGGAGCGAGGACUUGUGCAGUGGAGUUCCUCAAGCGCCGCCCCCACAGCAGGCCCCGCCCCCUCUUCAGGCCCCGCCUCCUAUGACUUCCCCGUGGGCAUGGGCGUGGUCAGACAGACCCGCUGGCUCCGCCGGUUCCCCAUCUGCCCCACCUUCACAGGUUUCAGGGUGCGUGAGGAAGAUCUGCCCCCAGAAGGGGAGGAACUAGAGGAACAGGUGGAGGAGCUAGGAGACCCCCCCCUGCCAAGCACCAAGGUGUGACAGUGAUGUCAUCAGGCUCCUGUUUCCCAUCUGCUUUAGCUCUGCCCCCUCUUCACCCUUAGGGUCAGAACCAGGACCAAAUGUUCGGGUCAGAAACUUGUUAGGUUUUCAAUAAAACGUAUUGAACUGUG